UUGUUGAAUCGAUACUUGGAAGAACAAGAAAUUACACAGAGUAAUGGUUCUACUCCUCUUAAUAGCGCACAACAACAGCUCAGACCCAGCAAUGGUACAUCUCCUCUUAGUAGUGCACAACAACAGCUCAGACCCAGCAAUGGUACAUCUUCUCUUAGUAGUGCACAACAGUUAAAUCCUCAAGCCACUCCUUCAAACCAAUCAUCUGGUACAUACAAUCAAAUUGCUCCUAAUCCCAUCAGUUCCGAUCAAUCAAGUCAACGUGCCAAUCCUCCUAAUCCUCAAUCUCGUCCGCACGACCAGUUUGUUGAUAUUCCACUUUCCUGUGGUAGACCCAAACAACCAGUUCCUGAUGAUCUCAUGCAGGCCAUUCUCAAUUUAUUCGAACAACAUGGGCGACAUGGUAUCAUCCCCACUUACCUUAGGCUUAAUAAAGAUAUAGCAUUCGCCCAUGACAUGAACAAGAUUUUGUUCGAAUGA